AUGGGCAUCCCUUACAGCAAACAGAUUAACGCCGCCUUCGACCAGGUCACGCCCUUGGUGGCCGAAGGUUUCGAAGUCCUGCAAACGACGAGAAACAUCACCUUCCUCCUCGCAGAGAUCCAAGUCGCCACUGUCAUCUUGCUGUUCUUGCUGCUGAUCGCCACGCUGAUGCUCCUCAUCACCAACAACCCGGACAUGGAAACCGAAAGAAAAGCUCUCGUCACACCGGUGAUGAAAUGGAUCUGCUCUUGGAUGAUGAGCUCUUCUGGAAACCGGCGAAUUGGGUUUACUGUGGCUGUGGGGUUGGUGGUGGCUGUUGGGGUGGCGUAUGCGCAUUACUGGUAUUAUUUCAGAGAGACGGGCGUUGUGGAGGAAGAGCCCAGCGAGACUGUUGAUGGAGCCGAGGGCAAGGAUGUCGAUGCUAUCAAGGAGGGGAAGGCUUCGCAAUGA